GAGUGUAAAGUGCGAAGGCGGCGGCGACUUGAACUCUUUUCGACAACCAGCUCGGCCCGGGCUCUUUAUGAUUGCGGUAUGAGCCCAGGGCCCCCCCGGCUCGUGCUGCAACUGCUGGUUUAGGGUUUGUUAGAGCGCGGGAUUGGAAAUAGGAAUGAUAGCGGCGAAGCUCGAGGAUCGUGCAUAGCUUCAAGAUGACUCUCUGCCCAGGAAGUACAGUGAGAGCUCUGGAGCCAUGUCUCACUGGAUUCGCGUCUAUAGAAAUCUCGACCAGUGCACCUUACACCUCGAGAAUUCUAUUCCAGCAGCCGAGAAGGCAUGGAGCGUUUGGAGAUGGUUGCAGGUGGCGAGAAUGCUGUGCACUAGUGGGUUCUAUGAGUCGCAGUUCUUCAUCCAAGGGUAGUGGUGGCUACUUAGGGUAUAGGCCUGUUCUCGCUGCCCAGGAUGCCUCCUCUACUCAGAUUGAGGAAGGGAACCCCGAGCAAAUCUGGGGCACUAACGCGCCGGUGGUUUCUACGACCGAGCUAGUCAGCCUAACACUACCUAAGCCUUUGUCCAUCACCGAUUUGGCCUUACCACCCAGGCAUGGAUCUGAUUUACGUGUAGCUUAUCAGGGUGUUCCUGGAGCUUACAGUGAAGCAGCUGCUGCUAAAGCAUAUCCUAGGUGUGAGGCUGUUCCUUGUGAACAGUUUGAAGCUGCUUUUCAGGCAGUAGAGCUUUGGCUGGUUGACAGAGCAGUGUUGCCGAUAGAGAAUUCUCUUGGUGGAAGCAUUCAUCGCAAUUAUGAUUUACUUCUGCGUCAUCGGCUUCAUAUAGUUGGUGAAGUUCAACUUGCAAUUCAUCAUUGCCUCUUAGCACUCCCUGGUGUGAAAAAGGAGGAAUUAUUACGAGUUGUCAGUCAUCCACAGGCUCUAGCUCAGUGUGAGCAAGGAUUGACGAAGUUAGGUGUGGCUCGAGAAGCUGUAGAUGAUACUGCCGGAGCUGCACAGUUCAUUGCCGCUCAUAAAUUGAAGGACACAGGAGCUGUUGCAAGUGCACGGGCUGCAGAAAUAUAUGGGCUGGAAAUCCUAGUGGAUGGCUUACAGGAUGAUCUAGACAACGUCACUCGGUUUCUAAUGCUCGCUCGAGAACCUAUCAUUCCAAGAACUGACAGACCAUUCAAGACCAGUAUCGUGUUCACAUUAGAGGAAGGACCAGGUGUUCUGUUCAAGGCACUCGCAGUCUUUGCCCUACGGGAAAUCAAUCUUACCAAGAUUGAAAGUCGUCCUCAAAGAAAGAGGCCGUUACGCGUGGUGGAUGAUAGCAACAAUGGAAGUGCCAAAUAUUUUGAUUAUCUAUUCUAUGUGGACUUUGAAGCUUCUAUGGCUGAUUUGCGGGCGCAGAAUGCUCUUGGGCACUUACAGGAGUUUGCUACCUUCUUGAGGGUACUGGGUAGUUAUCCGAUGGAUAUUAGCCCAAUGCGAGCUUGAGACGGAUACUUUUAAGAUGGAGUGUAAAGUCAACGUCGUUGCCCUUUUGAGUAAAGAUAUUUUUGCAUAAACUUCCUGCAAAAAAGGCUGCUGAUCCCUUAGUCAAUGUGGAAAGUUGAACCGCUGGUCUUGUUUUGGAUUCACUUGUAAAAUGUAGUCAUGAAAUGUCAAACCCAGAUGCGAUGACCAAAAACCCUACAUGAGGUCUUUCUAUUCUUGGUAUUCCUGAUCAGGGGAUGAGUUUAUAAUGGAUCAUAUUGCACGUCAACGUGGUUCUUUCAUCUU